UACGUGCACUGCGAACGGAUUGCGAACGGAGUGUGUGAAAUUGUUGAACGUGUGCCGCGUGUCAGAAAACUACGUAACAAAUUACUUACAUUCAUGCAUACACAUGUGCAUACAUAUUUCUUAAAUAUUUUCGAGUGAUGUUCUCCAAGGUGCUUUAUUCUUAGACUGAGCCGCAUACAUAGUCUUAGAAAAGUGUUUAAUUCAAUUUUCAAAUACAAAUACAAGUUGCUUGUGAUUUACGCUUCGUUAAACACUCUUAUAGAGGUCGAUCCCUCGCACUGCUCCUCCGCCUCCUGCCACCCCCCUCCGCCGGCCGUCAUACAUGCUGCAGACAUACAUGUAUGUCAAAAUCACACGUACGUGCCUCGUCAUAAACACGCCCUAAACGAGGCAUUCAGGCGAAACCGCAAAACCAAAGAAAGAAAGUAAUUUAAUAGCUAAAAAUUAAUUCUGGUUGUUUUCUUAAGCGUAUUCAUGAAUGCAUUUUGCAGCUUUUGGCGCGUAACGCAAAAUAUGCAAUUAUAACGUGCACAAAUAAAAUCAUCAACAAAUAAAUGUUCACCAGCUGCAAUUAUACUCUUUAAUGAAUUUAUUACACAAUUAAGGUGGCAACAGCAGCAACAACAACAACAACAAAUAAUAAUAAAAAUUAAUAUGCCGCUGGCGUGAAAGUCACAGCUCGGUAAAACAAAAACAAAAAAAACCCCCCAUUGAAUUAUUAAUGAUAUAAAUUAUUAACAACAAUUCAAAAAUCAAAAAUCAACAGCCACAACGGCUUAAUCGAGUCUAGAGAAGGCGCAGGCGCCGCCUUUCGCACGAGUUGGCAGCACUUCCUUUGCAGCAGGGCCCAACGUCUUCGAGAGAGAUCUGCGGCCUGGCUUGGCUUUACCUAAAACAACUCCUCCUCAAACCAAAGAACAGCCUUCAAAGUGGAUUUAACCAACUAUAACAAAAUGCUGCAGUCCAGCAAUCAUCACUAUCUCAGGCCGGAUUAUAUGACAACAGCGGCAGCCCCAACGGCGCUGGACAACAAGAGCAGUCCGUUGGCGCUAUUGGCGCAAACAUGCAGCGCUAUCGGCGCGGACACCACAAAUCCCAAGCUGCUGGCGGCGAAUAUCGAAAAGUCCACAAAGCAACAGCCCAAAGGCAGCGGCAUCGGCAAUGGCAAUGGCAAUGGCAACGGCUUGGGCCUGGCGGAUAACACACGCGAUAAAUCCUCACCGGUUAGCAGUCAUUCAUCCAGCGUUAGCACCGGCUCCGUGGAGCAGCAACAGCUGCCGCCGGCGCACAGCAAGACCCCCAGCACCUUUAAGCCCUACGAGACCAACAACAACGAAUGCGGCGCCACAAAUCUCACCAGUAGUAACAGCAACAGCGGCAGCAGCCAGCGCGUAAAGACGCCCAAAGCAAGCGCGGCCUCCACCAACGGACAGCAGCGCUGCGAUUCCAACCAAAGUGCCAGCAGCUCCCAUCGCGAGUCCCCAAAUACGACCGCCUCCAUGGGCGGCGGCGGUGCAGCCGCUCUCAGACGCACGCCCAACACAACUGGCUCCCAGCUCAACGGCAGUCCGGUGCAGUCGUCCGCGCCAGUACGCAGCAAUUCCAAAGAGUCUGCAGCGAUGCACAGCCCCAGUGCAGCCAGCUCCAGCCGACUGCAGGAGGCAGCCUACGCGGCGGCCAAGGAGGCCAGCUAUGUGAAGGCUCUGCAUGCAGCAAGCCAGCAGGCGAACCCCUCGGCGGGCUCAUAUUAUCCAGCAGGCUACGGCAGUCCCUAUCCAAUGGACUUGAUGACGGCGAGCUCGCUAAUGUCGCCACAUCAUGCCAUGUUCAAGGCGUCGGCUAUGAAUCCGUAUUUGAACUAUGCUCGGCUCAAAGGAUUAACGGACCCAUCGGCCAUGAUGCAAGCAGCCCCAAACAUCUGCCGUGAUCCAUACUGCACGGGCUGUCCAGCCAGUCCGCAUUACAUUAACAAAGCAGCUGGCCAGCCCUGUCCCGCUGGUUGUCCGCAGUGCGAAGUCGGGGGAUCGGGCAAAUCGGGUGGAAGCUCUGCAGGCGCCGGAGGCUCCAGUGCGGCAGCAGCGGCGGCAGCGGCUGCAUCCUCCUACCACGCACAGCUGGCUGCCCUGGCGGCGGCCUCGCAGCUGCCGUACGUAUGCUCCUGGAUUGGCAGCGAUGCGGCGUAUUGCGGCAAGCGCUUCGGAACCUCCGACGAUCUGUUCCAGCAUUUGCGCACACAUACGGCCUCCGUGCCGGAUGCGGUGCUCAGCGCCGCGGCAGCCGGCGGCAUACCACCGAAUCAUCCGCUAUUUCAACGCACCUAUCCCACCCCGCCGCUGAGCCCACUGUCUGCGGCAGCACGAUAUCAUCCGUACGGCAAGCCAUCAAUGCUGCCGCCAUCUUUGGCACCACCUGGGAUGCCCGGCCUGCCGCCGCAUGCCGCACUGGCCCAAUACUUUGCGCCCUACUCGUUAUACGGACCACGCAUGGGCUCGUCGCAUCCGUAGUCAGAGCAGCAGUUGGAGCCGUUGGUCAACAUUCAGUCAAAUCAUUUUGCUUGAGUUCGUCCCAGCAGGGCCAGGUCAGGAGUCAGGGGUCAGGGGGCGGGUCAACUCACUCGUGAAACGAAAAGCUAGUGAUCUAAUGUACGAUAGUUACAUACAAAUGUUUAAAUAUUUAGCUUUAGGCGCUAAACAGCAGCAAGUUGGAAAGUUCUAUUCAAGGAUAUGCCACACAUCAAUUUGUUCAUCAGCGUGUCUCUACGUAUGUCCCAUUUAAUGCUUAUGGUAAUUUUAAUAUUAUUUAUUAAUUGAAAACAAAAACAAUAUAUACAUAUAUAUAUAUAUAG